AUGGCUCUGGCUCGAGCAAGUCGUAUUCAGGACAAGUUGAACUCUAAUGAAUUGAAAAGUGAUGGCCCAAUCUGGAAGCACUCCACUCCUGUCUUGAAUUGCUUCAAGCGAGCCCUAGAGAUUGACGGCUCUAAUCUGUCCUUGUGGAUAGAAUACGGCACCAUUUCCUAUGCCCUACAUUCUUUUGCAUCCCGACAACUCAAACAGUGGAAAUCCGAACUCCCCCCUGAAGUUGUGCAGCAGGGGUGUAUUUUUAGAAUUUUUCAUCCCAGCCACAGUGAAUUCAUGUAUUCUCAACACUUCAUUCGAUCACAGAUGGAAGAGGGUCGAGACAGUAUGUUGGAGACAGCCAAAUUGUGUUUUACGUCAGCAUCUCGCUGUGAGGGAGAUGGCGAUGAAGAGGAGUGGCUUAUUCACUACAUGCUGGGAAAGAUUGCAGAGAAGCAGAAACAACCUCCCGUUGUCUAUCUGCUUCAUUACAAACAGGCAGGUCAUUACUUGCAUGAGGAGGCUGCCCGAUAUCCAAAGAAGAUUCAUUACCAUAAUCCACCAGAACUUGCCAUGGAAGCAUUGGAGGUAUACUUUCGCCUUCAUGCUUCUAUUUUGAAACUUGUGGGGAAACCAGACUCUGGAGUAGAUGCAGAGAUACUAGUUAGUUUCAUGAAAGAAGCUUCUGAGGGACCAUUUGCCAGGGGUGAGGAGAAGAACACCCCAAAAGUUGCAGAAAAGGAAAAAGCUUGCAUGAUUGAUGAAGACUCUCACUCUUCAGCUGGAACAGUGCCGGGCCCUGGGACUUCCCUCCCCUCAUCCUCCGGUCCAGGUCUGACAUCCCCACCUUACACAGCCACUCCAGUUGACCACGAUUACGUCAAAUGUAAAAAACCCCGUCAGCAGGCAACGCCGGACGGUACAGUCCCUGUUCUCAAUACUGGCAGCACAGGGAGGAGUCAGGAUAGCACUGCAGCAGUGCUCUCUGACUCCAGUUCCACACAGGAUAUGUUUAAUGAGCCUGCCAGUUCUCAAGACAGCCUGAGGAAGACUUACACAGAGAAGAGGAUUUCUACUACCUGUGCUGAUACACUGAUGCCCAGCAAAGAGACCCUGGGAUCUACAGAGGAAAAGAUUGCAGGAAAGUCAGAAGAGCUGCUGGAGAGCUCAGAAUCUUACCAUCCUGCUGAGCCUACUGGCCAAAAAACUCUGGUGGAUCCUCAGUCUGCUUCUGGCAAUCCCCUCAAAGCUGCAAUCCCCCCACCCUCACAGUGGGACUGCAAAAAGAAAGCUGAACUUUGUGGAGAUGCAUCUGAAUUUCCUCAUGGUCUUCCAGCAGACCUUGAGGAACAGCGGAAGUUCCUGACAGAACAGUGUAUUGCCUCCUUCUGUUUGUGUCUCAGCCGCUUUCCCCAGCACUACAAGAGCCUCUACAGAUUGGCAUAUCUGUACACAUACAGUAAAACACACAAGAACCUGCAGUGGGCCCGUGACGUGCUGCUGGGCAGCGGGGUCCCCUGGCAGCAGCUGAAGCACAUGCCUGCCCAGGGCCUCUUCUGUGAGAGGAACAAGACGAAUUUCUUCAAC